GCUGCCGCUAACCGAGUCUUCUCUGCUCUGUCGCUUCAUUCGUAGCUUUCUCAAGUCCUGCUAAGUGCUCUGAACCAGGACCUCAUCCAGUUCACACUCAGACCAGGGGUGCAGGUGAACGUGUACGUCACACGCCUGUCUCCAGCUCCACUUGUGGACAACAAUGACAGCGGCCACAAUGGUACUGCAGUCAUCAUGCUUGUGUCAGCGGUACUGAUGGGCUUGGCCAUAUUUGUGAUAUAUAAAAUUAAAAGGAAGAUGCCGAACAUCAACACUUACACAGCAGAGCAGCCUGACAAAGAACAAGAGGUCAUCCCAACAGUGACUUCUAUAGCCGUACCAAACCCCGACGGGGACAACCUGAACUCGCUGGAUCGUGUUGAUGUACAGCUGGACCCACAAACCAGAGGCUACCUGCCGACUCACACAGACAUCACGCUCUCCGAUGAAGCGCCCCGUGUAUUUUAAUGUUGAGAG